AUGAGGUUCCCCUACUUCAACAAUCAAACAUCUGUCACAGAAUUCAUACUCCUGGGAUUUAUAAAUAUUAAACAAGGACAAAGCUUCUUCUUCAUCCUCUUUCUCACCAUGUAUACCAUCUGCUUUUUAGGCAACUCACUCAUUAUCACUGUGACUCUGUUAAACCAAUCUCUCCACACUCCCAUGUAUUUCUUUCUGGGCAACCUCUCUUUCCUAGAUAUCUGUUACAUUUCUGUGACUGUACCCAAAAUGCUAGCAGAUCUUCAGGCUCCAUCUCCAAGCAUUUCCUUCAUGGGAUGUGCAGCACAGUUGUAUUUCCUUGUUGCCUUGGUGGGCACUGAGGGAUUCCUCCUGGCCUCUAUGGCUCUGGACCGCUACUUUGCUAUAUGCUGUCCAUUAGUCUAUACCAGACUGAUGAAUAAAUAUACUUGCCUCCAGCUGGCUACCCUAUCCUGGACUUGUGGCUUCCUCAAUGCUGCUCUCCAUACAGCACUCACAUUUCGUCUGUCCUUCUGCCGAUCAAAUGGGAUUGGUCAUUUUUUCUGUGACAUUCCUCCAUUGCUGAGCAUCUCAUGCUCUGACACAUCAGCCAAUGAAGUUACCCUUUUGACCGUGGGUGUAUUUGUAGGGCUUAGCCCUUUCUUCUUCACUCUGGUCUCCUACGCUUUCAUCCUUCAUGCCAUUUUGAGCCACAGACAGAAAGGACAGCGUCACAAAGCCAUUUCCACCUGUGCAUCUCACCUUACUGUGGUGAUUCUGUUCUAUGGUUCUAGCAUUUUCACAUAUGUCUGCCCGACCUCCAGUUACUCACUGGAAAAGGAUCAGCUUGUGGGGGUUCUAUACAGUGUCUUAACACCGACACUCAACCCUCUCAUCUACAGCCUCCGGAACAAGGAAGUGAAAGUGGCAAUGAAGAAGUUGAUGUGUGAAGGUACAUUCUCCAUUGGAAUUUAG